AUGACGGAAUCUUCAACAGCUGCUGACUUCCCUAUCCCAGCGGCUCAACAUCAGACUUAUCAGGUGCAGCCAUCCGGGGCGACGGCGGCGGUGGCCGCGCUGUUCACCGACGACCUCAUCCUCGAGAUCCUCUCCCGCGUCCCCGCUAGAUCCCUCCACCGCUUCAAGUGCGUCUCCGUACUCUGGCGCGACCUCAUCGCCGACCCGGCCAACCGCAAUAUGCUGCCCCAGACCCUCUCCGGCUUCCUCCACACGUCCUUCUGCGGCAGCGCGUAUCACCACCACUUCGCCCGCGUCUCCGGCGGCGUAGCUCCGUACGACCCUUCCCUUCCUUACCUGCAGCCUAACAAGUACAAGGACAUGACCCAGGUGGACGCUUGCAAUGGUUUCGUUCUCUACCGCGGCUGCACCAAGAAGGUUGCCCCUUGGUAUCGGGCAGAUGAAGAUUGCCGUUUUGUGGUGUGCAAUCCCACCACUGGGAGGUGGGUGGAGCUGCCCCCUCAACCUCAGGCACCGGCAGGCAGACAUAGCCAUAUUAGAGGUCUGGCUUUUGAUCCAGCGGUCUCGUCCUCUUUCCAUGUUCUUCAUUUUGAGGAGGCCUACUCGUCGAGCAUGAUAGGAGUGAGCAUCUACUCGUCACGGACAGGAGCCUGGAGUUAUAGGGACAGUGGGAUGGCUGAGGAAGUUGAACUGUUCUCGAGGACUAGAUGUGUCUUUGUUGGCGGCGUGCUCUACCUUAUUGGCUUCCUUCCUGGCAUCAACGACGACUAUGUGCUGCUGGCAGUGGACAUGAUGGGGAAAGUGUGGAAGACCAUCCGUGUGCCAUACCCCCGAAGAUUUGGUAUGAUUGGAUCGUCCCAGGGAUGCUUACACUAUGCUAUAUCUUCCGUCAAUGAGGUAGAACUCUGGUGCCUCAAGGAUUGUGAUAGUAAAGAAUGGGUCCUGAAACAUACUUCCAGCAUCGAUAAGCUUAUGGGCAUGACAGUGAAGAAUUACAGGGUGAUUGGGAUCCAUCCAGACUGCGACACCAUUUUCUUGGUUCCAUGUAGAGGUCAUACGUUGAUAGCAUAUGAUAUGCAACAUCAGGAAGUUGGAUGCAUCCUUGAUCUUGAGAAAAACAGUACACAACGAUUUCUCCCUUAUGUUCCUCUGUUCUCAGAGUCAUUAGCAGACGCAAAUGGGCGGUAG